AUGGAGCCGAUUCUUACUGCAACUGGCGAUGUUGCAGUUCUUGGCAACGAAGAGAGCAGGUGGCAAAAUCGGUUGGAAUAUUUUCUUUACCAUUUUUGCAGAGCUAAUGCGCCACAACUUCUAAGUGAAUGUCAUUGGACUUGUCCUGAGGCUGCAGAGCUUACCAGGCUCACUGAGAAGAUUACAGAACAUUUUUGCUUUCACCAUAAACGUACCUUUAAAAGCCAUGGUAUCUCUGAGGAGGAGCGAGAGUCAUUCUGUACCAAAUUACAGGAAAUCCGUCAGAUUCGAAAUUUUGCCGUACACCGGGUAGCACUGAACACCAGCACGCUCAGAAGAUAUGCAAAAAUAACUCUUGACGUGUUGAGGCUUCUACAAAGAUUAGGAGGCCAAGAGUUCCGCAAUUUGUUCAAUGAUCCUUUGAACUGCCUUAUUGAAACAAUUUGGGAGACCGACAACAAUAUAUGGGCCAAUAUGGUAUUUCGCGAUAUUUCAAUAACUCAAUCAAUGCAGAAGGACACGGAAAAUCCUUCGAGAAGGGAACAAAAAGAAAUGAACUUGAAACGAGCUAUUGAAGAUCAGAAGCGAGCUGCACAAAAAAGAUCUAAUAAUAUAGUACAGAUGGCUGAGGACUACGAGGCUUCAAAAAAGGCAGAGUGUAUGCGUCGGCAUCAAGAUCAACAAGAGAAGGCAAAGGCCAGGUUAAGGAAGGCCGAAAGAGCUGAAAAGGCUAGGAAGCAAGAGGAAGACGAAAAAGUAAGAAAGGCCGAGAGAGCCGAAAGGCCAGGAAACUAGAGGAAGACGCAAAGGCAAGGAAAGCAGAGAGAGCUGAAAAAGCCAGAAAACGAGAGGAAGAUGCGAAAUCGAGGAUGGCC